UUUGUCCUGCGGUGGCUGGGUAUUUAGAGCAAGCCCCGAGCGCAGUGGCGAAGCAGCAGCAGCCGGACGAGAAGGAGGGACCGGGUGGGAGAGCGCCGCCGCCCCUGGCAACACCGACACCGCCAGCAAGGCCGCUGUGGUUAAAUUGUCUUUUGCCCGCCAUCUUGCCGCCCCUCACCAGGACUUCUAACAGCCCCCCGGCGGUGGAGGGAGGAAAGCAAGGAAGACGCGGCGGUAGAGGGCUAAGGACACCCCGCACCGCCUCUCGUUGCUCCCGGUGCUCCUCCCGGUGCAGCUCGGUUCCGACGUAGCCGCCGCCGCCGCCGCCCCCCGUUUUUCCUCUCCGGGCCAGCUUCGUCCAGCUCAGCCAUGUCGACCCCGGCCACCACUGCUGCUCCCGAAUACUCCGCCUUCUUCGCCGUCAUGGGCGCCUCGGCUGCCAUGGUCUUCAGCGCCUUGGGAGCUGCAUAUGGCACGGCAAAGAGUGGUACAGGUAUUGCAGCCAUGUCCGUCAUGAGGCCAGAGCUGAUUAUGAAGUCCAUCAUUCCUGUUGUCAUGGCGGGUAUUAUAGCAAUCUAUGGCUUGGUAGUGGCGGUCCUUAUUGCCAAUUCCCUCACACCUGGCAUCACACUAUACAGGAGCUUCCUUCAGCUGGGCGCUGGUCUGAGCGUAGGCCUCAGCGGGUUGGCUGCCGGCUUCGCCAUCGGCAUUGUGGGUGACGCAGGCGUACGGGGGACAGCGCAACAGCCUAGGUUAUUUGUGGGCAUGAUUCUGAUCUUGAUCUUCGCUGAAGUCUUGGGUCUGUACGGGCUCAUUGUUGCCCUCAUCCUUUCCACAAAAGCAUAAGUAAGCAAAAAAUCACCACAGAGUAUGAUGUUUAAAAAAAAAAAAAGCUGAAAAAAACAAAACAACUAAGCUCCAGAAUGAAAAUGGUCUCUCCACAAUGUGUACAGUUGUCAUCAGUUUGGUAGUUGAUCUCUUGUAAAUGCGCAAUGUAUGUUAGUGACUCGUCUGUCCUGUGUGUACUUCAAUAUCAAAUACCAGAUGAGCUGCCUCAAACCCUCUUGGCAAGGUUUGGCGGAAGCCCAUGUGGAAUUUUCCAUCCAUUUGCCAUUUAGAGUACUUUAUGUAUAAAUAUGAACUAGAAAUGGUAACUUUUUUCUCUUCACUGGAUGUUUUAUUUAUAAGACUUGACAUGUUCAUACAUAUGGAGCAAGAGUUUUCAAUUUCCCAUGCUAUAUAUAUUAAUCUCAUAUAUAGGUAGAUUAAUACACUGUGGGGUUAAUUGUAAGUGCAGAGAAAUCCUUGGAUGUAAUUUGAUUCUCAAGCGAUUGCUGUCGUGUUGGAGUGUGAGACUGUUUGUGUUUAUACAAAUAACAGCAAAAUGUCUGAGACACUCCUGUGUUCCCAGUAGUAAAAAAAAAACUGUAUGCUCUGGCAUCAAAGUUGUGCACCCAGUGUUGGGUUUCGCAGUUAUACGUUUCCAGGUAAUAAAAUUUCCUCCACUACAUCAUUGUAAA